AUGGCCGACAUCAAGACGGGUAUCUUCGCCAAGAACGUCCAGAAGCGACUCAACCGCGCGCAGGAAAAGGUCCUCCAGAAGCUGGGCAAAGCUGAUGAGACAAAAGAUGAACAAUUUGAAGAAUAUGUCCAGAACUUCAAACGACAAGAAGCAGAGGGUACCAGGCUUCAGCGAGAACUCCGAGGCUAUUUAGCAGCCAUUAAAGGCAUGCAAGAGGCCUCCAUGAAGCUCACCGAGUCACUGCAUGAGGUCUAUGAGCCAGACUGGUAUGGACGGGAAGACGUGAAGAUGGUUGGCGAGAAAUGUGAUGUACUGUGGGAAGACUUCCAUCAAAAACUCGUGGAUGGAUCCUUGCUGACACUGGAUACCUACCUGGGCCAAUUCCCAGACAUAAAGAAUCGCAUCGCCAAACGCAGCCGGAAGCUUGUGGACUACGACAGUGCCCGCCAUCACCUGGAAGCUCUGCAGAGCUCCAAACGGAAGGAUGACAGUAGAAUCUCAAAGGCAGAAGAGGAAUUCCAGAAAGCCCAGAAAGUGUUUGAGGAGUUUAAUGUUGAUCUACAGGAGGAGUUACCAUCCUUAUGGUCGAGACGAAUUGGAUUUUACGUUAACACUUUCAAAAAUGUCUCCAGCCUUGAGGCCAAGUUUCAUAAGGAAAUUGCUGUGCUUUGCCACAAACUAUAUGAAGUAAUGACAAAACUGGGAGAGCAGCAUGCUGACAAGGCCUUCACCAUCCAAGGAGCUCCCAGUGAUUCGGGUCCUUUGCGCAUUGCAAAGACACCAUCACCACCGGAGGAGCCUUCACCCCUGCCAAGCCCGACAGCUAGUCCAAAUCACACGCUAGCACCUGCAUCUCCUGCACCUGCACGGCCCAGGUCACCUUCACAGACAAGGAAAGGACCUCCUGUCCCACCUCUGCCAAAAGUCACCCCAACGAAGGAGUUACAGCCUGAGAACAUCAUCAAUUUCUUUGAGGAUAAUUUUGUUCCAGAAGUUAGUGUGAUGACCCCAUCGCAGAAUGAAGUCCCUGAGGUGAAGAAAGAAGAGACAUUGCUGGACUUGGACUUCGACCCUUUCAAGCCUGAGGUCACACCUGCAGGCUCUGCAGGUGUAACCCACUCACCCAUGUCUCAGACAUUGCCUUGGGACCUAUGGACGACAAGCACUGAUUUGGUACAGCCGGCUUCUGGUGGUUCCUUUAACGGAUUCACCCAGCCCCAGGACACUUCAUUAUUCACAGUGCAAACAGACCAGAGUAUGAUCUGCAACUUGGCUGAAUCUGAGCAGGCUCCACCCACGGAGCCAAAGGCAGAGGAGCCCACUGCUGCUGCUGCUGCGUCUGCUGCUGGACUGGACCUGGGACUGGACACUCAGGCUGAGCAGCCGGUGGAGGAGGCAGUGGUGCUCCCUGGAGCCGAUGCUGAGGUGGCUGUGCCCGCCGCUGAGGGAGUCCCAGGGGAAGAAGCAGAGGCAGAGAAGGAAGCUGUGCCUGCUGGGGAAGGAGUAAGUGUGGAUGAGGCCAAGAUGGGUGCCGGGCCCACCGAGGUUGUAGACGGUGAGAGAGCUCAGCCAGAAGAGGCGGGAGCAGCAGUGCCUCAGGAGAAGGUCAUUCCUUCUGUGGUCAUUGAGCCUGCCUCCAACCAUGAAGGGGAGGGGGAACAGGAAGUGACCAUCAGCGCCGAGUCGGAGGGAGCCACAGAGGACCUGAGUGCCGUGGGCCCUGCUGGCGAGACAUCAGAGCUGGCUGCAGAGCAGAAACCCCUUGAGGAUGCCCAGGCGACAGCCACUGCACCUGCAGGAGCCACAGACCAACCAGCACCUGCAGGCGCUGCCACACAGGACUUGCCUCCCGGCUUUCUCUACAAGGUGGAAACCCUGCAUGAUUUUGAGGCAGCAAAUUCUGAUGAACUCACUUUGCAGCGGGGUGACGUGGUGCUGGUGAUCCCCUCGGAUUCAGAAGCCGACCAGGAUGCGGGCUGGCUGGUGGGAGUGAAGGAAGCGGACUGGCUUCAGUACAGAGACCUUGCCACCUACAAAGGCCUCUUCCCCGAGAACUUCACCCGACGCCUCGAUUAGAGCCACGUGCAUUUACAGAGAGAGCUUCGUUACUGGAUUCUGAAGUCUUUGCAAAAAUGUGAAGAGUUUACUUUUACUAUUACACUUCUAAUGAUUUACAGACUGCCUCAAGACAACGCUUGGGAAUAAAAAAAAGAUAUGUCAGUGGAGCAUGUGUGCAAAACAAAUAAGAGAGGAAGAAAAAAAAAGUAAAUUAAGAAAAAGUCCUAACUCUUUCCCAUGUUGUCAGUAACAGGUUUCUUUGUGCAUUGUCCGAGCUGUGGAGACUCUUGUAUUUGAUUCCCCUCCCUCCAGGUCUA